AGUAAACGGAAAGGUAAUGAGGAAAGGACCUACAAUUUAUGCCAUGGCCUGAAUUGGUAUUGCGGGUGGCCUCUAGGUCUGUGAGCAGCAGGGACCAUGACAUCAUGUAGGAUAACACCCGUAAUCUCCACCCACAGAUCCAGAUGCCUUCUUUCGUGGUGUAGCCUACGCAGUUUCUCUAGAAAUGGGCACAGAGCUCUGUUCAUUCCAUAAGACCUCCGCUGGACUAAGGAUCUCAAGAACAAUAAUUAGCUCUAUCUGGAUCUGCCAUGUAGUCUUUUCCCCUACUUAUUAUUUCAUUUAUCAUUAUUCUUUUUAAUAACGACCUACUUACAUUUUAAAUAUAACUGUACUAUCAGCUCAACACUGUUCCAUACAGCUAUUUGCUUAUAAUUGUCUAUAAUUACUCAAGCCUAAAAUGGGUUCGCUUUCUUGGAUUUAUGACGUUUAUUGGAUAAGGUGAAUUGGAAGAGCCAGAUGACCGACAUGUAUUCAGUCCAGUCUAUGACACUGUCCUGCAGUGUGGGACAAGGGGUCAACAUUGCAUUUGUAUACACUUUCCCUCUAAACCAGUGUUUGCAUAUUUUCUUUAUUGUAAGAUCCCUCUUGUACUAAAAGGGUUUUAACAUUACCAGAUUGUUUGUUAUAUAAUUGUACGAUGAAGCUGUUUUUAAUUAGAUUCAUAACAAAUCAAUUGCUCACUUUGUGUAAAAGUUCUAAUGCUGGGAUUGAUCAUUCCACAACUCAUUAGCGACAAAGCCCUACAUUUGUGAAACACAAAGUGACAAGUUUAACAGCUUUUAGGGGAUGGCAGUGAAUCACUAAACUGUCCAGGCUGACUGUACGGCUGCAUCUUGUUGGUUUUCAAUGAGCUCGCUUCCUUUCUCCCCUUAUUAUCUCCUGUCUCCCACCGUGAAGUAAAUGGGAGGAGGUUAAAAAACGAAAGCACGUAAGUGAAGGACAGAGAGAGGAGACGUGAACAGAAUCAUGACACCAGUUUCCUUUGGUUGUCUCUUUCACAAACAUACAUUAUACUUAAUAAAGCAUUUUGAUCGUUUACAUUUCUUAAUAUUAUGUAUUAAACAGAAUUGCGUUGCUAGGCAACAGCAUGGGUCCAUUCUUACUUCCUGUCAGCUGAUGCAUUCGCUGACAUCAGCAAAUGGAACCUUCAGAUUGAUGACAUCAUCUUGGCCUUGAUGCUUUAGAAGUUUGCAGGUCUCAGCUGUGACGGUGAAUUCAUCAGAGCGUCAGAGCAUCAGUCAGAAGGCAGAAGGAACUGUUCCAGCUAGUGUCAGAUCAUUGCAGAAAUAGGUUUUGUAGCAAGCUAACAUUAGGUAGACUUGCACGUCUAUUUUAACGAGAUAAUCUAAGUGAACUCCAUUUUUGUGGCUUUAAUUCAGUUGAACAAUUAUAUUCAGUUUGCUUAACAACAGGUCAUUUCAUCACCGCAGUAGAGAUGGAGAUGAACAAUAGAGAUGAGAUGGAAGUCAAGCUCGAGAUUCUGCAAAAAGAAAAUCAGGAAAUCAAGUUGUUGCUGGAGCAGGAAAGGACUUUAAGGAAUAAGCUUGAGAUUGAAGGCGCUAAGAAGAAGGAAGCGAUGCUGAAAGCAUAUACAGAGAAUGCAGCUGAGCUAUCUGGGCAAAAUGUGAACGUGAAAGUCCAGGAAAUUGAGCACAACGUCUUGCGCGUCAACAAUGAGGACCUGAACAUGAAAUACGGAAUGCUCCAGAGGUCACACAAGAAGGUCGAAGCAGAGAUGGCUGCCUUGAGAAAGGCAAACGCGGGACUCAAACAACUGAAAGAACCCUGUGUUGAAGAGAACGCUGUAGAGAUAGCUUCUUUGCGUGAGAGAAACCAGGAACUCCAUUUACAAAAGGAACGUUAUGUUGAAGAGAACGCUGUAGAGAUGGCUUCUUUGCGUGAGAGAAACCAGGAACUCCAACAACAGAAGGAGCGUUGUCUUGAGGAGAAAUCUGUAGAGAUUGCUGCUUUGCGGGAGAGAAACCAGGAACUCCAUUUACAAAAGGAACGUUAUGUUGAGGAGAAAACUGUAGAGAUGGCUGCUUUGUGUGAGAGAAACCAGGAACUCCAUUUACAAAAGGAACGUUAUGUUGAGGAGAAAUCUGUAGAGAUAGCUGCUUUGUGUGAGAGAAACCAGGAACUCCAUUUACAAAAGGAACGUUAUGUUGAGGAGAAGGAUGCAGAGAUAGCUGCUUUGCUGAAGGAAAACCAAACACUGAAACAAGAGAAGGAGCAUUGUGUGGAGAAGGAGGCGAAGGUGGACAAGAAGGAAAAUGAGGUGAAGGUGGAACCAGAAGUGAGGCACAAUGUUAAAAUGAAUGCCCUGAAAAUUGAGCAGAAAGUUUUGCGCGGAAACUAUGAGGAACUGAACAUGAAAUAUGAAAAGCUCCUCAAGAUGCAUCAGAAUGACAAAGCAGAGGAUCUCAAACAACUGGAAGAACCCUGUGUUGAGGAGAAGGAUGCAGAGAUGGCUGCCUUGCAAAAGACAAACCAGGAACUCAAACAAGAGAAGUUGCGUUGUGUUGAGGUGAAAAAUGCAGAGAUAGUAGUUUUGCAUGAGAGAAACCACGAACUGGAAGAACAGAAGGAACGCUUUGUUGAGGAGAAGGAUUCAGAGAUAGUCACUUUGCAUGAGAGAAAUCACGAACUGGAACAACAGAAGGAACGUUUUGUUGAGGAGAAGGAUGCAGAGAUAGUCACUUUGCAUGAGAGAAACCACAAACUGGAAGAACAGAAGGAACGCUUUGUUGAGGAGAAGGAUGCAGAGAUAGUCACUUUGCAUGAGAGAAACCACAAACUGGAAGAACAGAAGGAACGCUUUGUUGAGGAGAAGGAUGCAGAGAUAGUCACUUUGCAUGAGAGAAACCACGAACUGGAAGAACAGAAGGAACGCUUUGUUGAGGAGAAGGAUGCAGAGAUAGUCACUUUGCAUGAGAGAAAUCACGAACUGGAACAACAGAAGGAACGCAUUUUUGUUGAGAAGGAUUCAGAGAUAAUGACUUUGCUUGAGAGAAUCCGUGAACUCCAACAAGUGAAAGAACGUUGUGUUCAGGAGAUAGCCGCCUUGAAAACACCACGGUGGAGAAGAUUCAUUAAUUUCCUUUCUUGUAUCGUCCCAGAUGUCCCCGACGACUACCAAGAAGGCAGCCUUGACAGUCAAACUUUAGAAAAUAUGAUAAACAACAACAGAUUUUAGUAAGACAUAAAAACAUUUCCAGAACAGACUAAAGCUCAAAAUGAGUGAGCAAUAACAUAUAAUAACAUUCAGUCAGGAUAUAUAUUUAAACAGUUAACAUUUAUUAGAUCAAUUUAUUAAACAUCAACAAAGGUUCCAGAAGAUACUUAAGCGGCUAGAGUAUCAUUAGUAUAGUAUAGUAGUAGUAGUAAUAGUAGUAGUAAUAGUAUAGUUUUUUUUUAGGCUAGAGUCUAGCCUCUAGGGGCAAAACAAUUACCUUCAUUUUAAAAUUCCUUCGCUUCUAGCACUCCUAAAAAACAGGAAAAGGGUAGCUAAAUAAAGAUCUGGUUAAAUUUAAAAGGUCACCCAGAACAUACUGUAGGCGAUUUCAAGCCAUUACAGUUAAAAAAAACCCUGAUCCAUUACGCAUACAAAUAAAUCCAGUAGAGACUUAAGCGGCUAGAGUAUCGUUAGUAUAGUAUAGUAGUAGUAAUAGUAGUAGUAGUAGUAGUAGUAAUAGUAUAGUUUUUUUUAGGCUAGAGUCUAGCCUCUAGGGGCAAAACAAUUACCUUCAUUUUAAAAUUCCUUCGCUUCUAGCACUCCUAAAAAACAGGAAAAGGGUAGCUAAAUAAAGAUCUGGUUAAAUUUAAAAGGUCACCCAGAACAUACUGUAGGCGAUUUCAAGCCAUUACAGUUAAAAAAAAAACCUGAUCCAUUACGCAUACAAAUAAAUCCAGUAGAGACUUAAGCGGCUAGGGGUGGCCAACCCGCGGCUCUCGA